UCUGGAUUCGUUUCUGGAAGUAGAAGUGUACAUUCUUCCCUCCCUUCUCUCGCGUCUCACUGCCUCACUGCGUCAGUUAUUCACUGUUCGUCUCCCUUUCUCCAGCACCCAGCAUUAUCUUCAAUCAGAAGGACUAACGCAACCCCCAGCAGAUGCUGUAGAACUCGAAACCUUGCAAAGGAGCCAUGCAAAUGCUCUCGACCACUUUGCUUUUCCAUUCGCCUGCAUUUAUAUCAGGCAGACCUCUGUUGCCAAAUCUAGCAGUUAGAACCUUCAAUAUCCGAAAAAAGAACAUGCUGCUUUGCUGCUCCAAACCAAAAGAUGAGAAAGAAUGGCAUACACUCGGACUGUUUGAUGAAGAUAAUUUGAGACGUAGGUGCUUCCUGUUCAUUUUGGUUUCAUCUAGCAUUUUUCCUGCCACUGCAUUUGGAAAGACUAAGAGCCCAUAUGAUGAAAGGCGUUUGCUUGAACAAAAUAGACGGAUACAAGCAUCAAACAAUGCACCUAAUGACUUCCCGAAUUUUAUUAGAAAAGGUUUUGAGGUUAAGGUAGUAACAUCUGAUGAUUAUAUAAAAUGCGAUUCUGGGCUUAUAUACUUGGAUAUUGAAGUUGGAAAAGGUGAAUGCCCAAAGGCUGGUCAACAGGUUACCUUUCAUUAUGUUGGCUAUAAUGAAUCAGGUCGCCGAAUUGACAGCACCUACUUACAAGGUGCUCCAGCCAAGAUCCGGAUGGCCACCAAUUCAUUGGUUCCAGGGUUCGAAGAAGGAAUUCGAGACAUGAGACCAGGGGGUAAGAGAAGAAUAAUCAUUCCUCCAGAACUUGGACCACCAGUGGGCCCAUCAACCUUUUUCAGCUCAAAACAAUUUGAGGUUUUCGAUGUGGAGCUACUAAGCGUGAAAGAUUGUCGGAGGAGGACCAUAGGCUUUUAUUCAGAUGUUGUGUGCGAUUAAAUAAUCUCAUAGGCGGUGCUUCCAGUCACCUGAUCCGUGUACACUCACUGGAAUUGUACAAACAACUUUUAAAACAAAUUACAGAAUAUUCGGUAUGCCAUUUCUUCAUAUUCAUUCCCAC